GUAUUAUGACGCAACACACCAGAAAGUUCCCCGGAUUAAAUAAGUACAGUACGAAGGUCAGUAAAGCAAAAGCACAACAGAUUAAAAAAGUAACAUUAAAGUAACAGGAAUUGUAUCGAGUCCCUGAUCUUAAACGCAUCAUGCCGAGAGGAAGCCGCAGCAGAAGUUCAAGGAUGAGUCCUCCGAGUUACUCAUCACCUCCGCCGAUGGCUAGGGCCGCUCCUCCACGAUCAUACGUCCCAGCGCCCAGUCCCGCUCCACCGUCAGCAGUGGGCAACCCUGCUGCUGCUGCUCCCAGACAACCAGGAAUGUUUGCGCAGAUGGCGACUACUGCAGCGGGUGUCGCGGUCGGCUCUGCUGUUGGCCACACGAUAGGUCAUGCCAUGACCGGUGGAUUCGGUGGAGGUGGACAGUCUGAGGCUGCUAGGCCUGAUGUGACCUAUCAGGAGCCCAAUCAGGGUCAGCCCAUGUAUCAACCUCAGCCAUCAAUGUAUCAACAGCAGCCCAUGUACCAACAGGAUGUACAACAACAGAGUCCCUGUGCAUAUGAGCUGAAGCAGUUCAUCGAGUGUGCUCAGACACAGAGCGACUAUAAACUCUGUGAGGGAUUCAGCGAAGUACUUAAACAAUGCAAAUUUUCCAAUGGACUGUCAUGAGACGUGUAAGGAAACAUGGACACACAUCCAGACUCAUUCUUCAUCUGCUUAUGUUGAAACAAUUUAAAAUUGCACAAAUCAAUGAUGUUAGUAAAUUUAAAAAGUAAAUGCAAUUAUCAAAGCAGUUCUUCAGAGAAAUGCUGUGUAACAUAUUUGAUGCAUAGUAUUUAUGUGUUAUGUUUGUUUGUUUAACUUCAGAAGAUUUUUUUCCUCAUUAAAAUUGAUGAUAAAACUGUUUUAUCAAAUAAUGUAAUGUUGAAUUGCAAAUAAAAGGAUGAAACAUUGA